CAAGAAGCUCGGAAGGUCCGGAGCCCGCUAGUACUUUGCUGUCAAUGUGUAUCCAAAUCCUGCUAGGGUUAAGUGAAGAUCACACUGUACCCUGGCGGGCGGGGUGAGCACAGCUAUUUUUGUGCAAGUUGUGCAUGGGAUGGCGGUUGAAGCGAGAUCGCAAGUAAUUCGCCAUCGGGAGGAGAUGGGCCGAGUCGAAUGUGAGAUAUCAGUGACUCGGCGUCAUCACGAAUGACCUCCGUGUCCACGUAAAAUCUUCACCAGGUCUAUUCGUCCAUGUGAUGAUCGCUCACCCGGAACCAAAGGUUUCGCUCACAUGAGCGCAAGAUCCCCACUACUGUUCAAACUAUGGAGUGAUUUUCUUGCUCAGGAGCCAUGGCCUCUCACCUGCUGCUUGCCAUGAGUGGCACCAGUCCUUCCUGGGCAUCUCAAUUUGGAAGUCCGAAUUGCUGUAUUGAAGCACGAAAGAGACUUCCAGCAGCACGAAGUUGUACGCCUAUCACCAGCAGCACCAGGGGUCCUCAUGUCCAGACAUGCGGAAUCAACUAUACAGGAAGUCGGUUCCGACGAAUUCUUGAAGUUGUUCUGGACGACUAUGGUACGAAAUAUAGGAAGAGGGAGCUGCAAGCUUCAAGAAGUAUGAGGCCUGAUGAUGUUAAUGGGGAGGAUGCAUGGUCUUCCGGCCACAUUGAGAAGGAGAAGUGCGGAGCUGGAGGUGAGACGACGUGUGAGUGCCUGUAUUUGAAGAGAACAAUUUGCGAUGGAGAAAUUGUGGAGCAUUCUGGUUCCAUCAUAGUAAGACAUUGCAUGUGACUCCCACUGAUAUUGUCUCUACUUUUUGUCCAUUGUCCGUCACAGUCUAGACUUCAAACUAGAUCAAACUCCUCGAGCCUGCUUGCAGAAAAAAUCACGGAUGAGAAGCUGAAGAAGCUUCUUCUUCCUUUUUACUUCAAUGUUGGUAGAGGUGAGGCGAAUCUUUUUAGAUAUAGUUCUGAACUACUAUGUACUCAACCUCUGAUCUUUGAACCAUAGCUUCUGUCUUCCAUGUCAUAUCGUAGCAACCUCUUCCACUAUUCUACCUUAAAUGACUUCAGUUUAAGAAAGUCAAGCCUUGAAAUUAUCAAUCAUUUGCAACUGAGUUCAUGGUACCGGUGAUGGUCCUGCAGAUUCAAGGAGAUGUCAGCCCGGGAGGGUGUGUCUUAGCGGGUGGAGAUGUGAUUGUGCUUGGCCGACUGCAAGGUGUUGUUCAAGCCGGUAGAGCUGGAGAGCACCCGGCAAAAGUGUUCAUGGCCUUCCAAGACCAUGGAGUUAUCAAAAUAGGUGACGAAGCAACGCUGCAGCUCGCAAAUAGUGACACUUGUGUACCUCAGGUUGCCAUGCUCGCACCCGAUGGUGGCAUCCUCAUCCGAAAGGCAGCUGGUGGUACUUCUGAUGAGCAAAAUAUGAACGCCCUGACACGGUCUAGCUCACUAGAAUAUGGUAAGGACAUAAUGGACGCGAUGAAGACCGCUUUGAAGAAUAUAUCUACCCGAAUUAAGACCAUUCAAAGCAGGCCGGCCCGGACUGCCCUCUUCACCGGAAUUUACAUAUUCAUUUUGGGCCUGCUCUUAUUGGGAUCCCCAGAGCUCUUCGGCCUUCUAUUUCAUGUUCAAACUGUAUCUCGCGGGUGGAUUCAGGUCGGAGCCGUACUGGCAGUGGUUUUUGGGGUGUAUUACAUUGGUACGGCAGUGGGCGAUUUGAGCGGUAUCCGCGGCGCAGAAGCUUUCUACUACUCCACUAUCGUGGGCCGCAUAUUUAUUUUCUUGAGCUUCGCUUGGCUCGUCUUCGUGCGUGCAGUUCCGUCUGCACUUCUGAUUGUUGGGACUGUGAAUUUGGUGGGAGCCUUGCUGAUGUGGAGGGCUCUCCUCAAGCAGGACCAUGAAUAGGCUACCAUGGAAGCGAGCGUGCGCGAUAUUUCAGUAUAUUGAGGAUAGUGCCACAAUACUUAGGCGACCGAAGAACUUUGCUGAAUAUUCUGGAGAACUGUCAGCCUAUGCUAUGCUGCAAGUGCUCGACAAAGACUCAGCGUUAUUUUGAUGUGGUUGGUAAGUUGGAAUUCAUUUGUAGGUCAAACAUCAGACGCCAGAAUUGUUCUACACUACGUGAGUUAAACGCGGAGUCAAACAAAAGCACGUUAACGCGGUGUGAUUGUGAUCUCCUUGAUCGAGCUUUGCUUUCUGAUACUCCAAUUUUAUCCCCGGAUAUGCUUUAACGACAUUGUCAUAUUUCAUACUCUCUGGUUGACGUUUUGCGGCAAUGAUUUCCUUAUCUCAAGCUUGCUUCUCAUUUUCCAUCUGU